AUGGAGGCUAUCAAGCAAACCUUCCAGCGCUGCAAGGCGCAGAAUCGAUCUGCCCUCGUCGGCUAUGUCACAGCUGGAUAUCCCAGGCCCCAAGACACACCAGAGAUCCUCCUUUCCAUGCAAAGGGGUGGAUGCGACGUGAUCGAAGUCGGAUCCCCCUUUACUGAUCCCAUUGCCGAUGGCCCGACGAUCCAAAAAGCCAAUGCUAUCGCGCUGAGCAAUAAUCUCACGAUUUCGUCGACGCUCGAUAUUAUUCGCGAUGCCCGCAGCAAAGGCCUGAUUGUUCCCGUUAUCAUCAUGGGAUACUACAACCCUCUCCUCAACUACGGCGAGGAGCGUCUCUUGGCCGACUGCAAGUCGGCUGGUGUCAAUGGUUUCAUCGUCGUCGAUCUGCCUCCCGAGGAGGCCGUCUCCUUCCGCAAGCUUUGCACCAAGGGCGGGCUCUCCUACGUUCCCCUCAUCGCUCCCGCUACCUCGGAUGCCCGCAUGAAGAUCCUCUGCCAGCUCGCCGACUCCUUCAUCUAUGUCGUCUCAAGACAGGGCGUUACGGGAGCGACUGGCACCCUCAGCGCCAACAUCCCGGAGCUCCUCAGCCGCGUCAAGAACUACAGUGGCAAUAAGCCCGCAGCUGUCGGCUUUGGUGUCAGCACUCCUGAGCACUUCCAGAGCGUCGCCUCGGUUGCAGACGGCGUAGUCGUUGGCAGUCAAAUAAUUACUACCAUUGGCAAUGCUCCGUCCGGCCAGAUUUGCGACAGCGUCCAAAGCUUUUGCUCUGAGCUCUGCGGGCGCUCUGCCGAGCAGGUUUCUGCCGACGCAAGCAGUGUCGCUGCCCAGGAUAUCCAAAACAGCGAGGCCACUCUGGCAGAGGCUACCAUCACACCUGAGAAGGAUAAGGAACUGGUGGCUCAACUCGCCGCCAUGCACGCCAAGAUCCCCGACCGCUUCGGUGAAUUUGGUGGUCAGUUUGUCCCCGAGAGCUUGAUGGACUGCCUGUCCCAGCUCGAAGAUGGCUUCGACAAGAUCAAGGACGAUCCCGUCUUCUGGGAUGAGAUUCGCUCCUACUACGACUACAUGGGUCGUCAGUCCAAGCUGUACCUAGCCAGCCGAUUGACCGAGCAUGCCGGCGGCGCUAAUAUUUGGCUAAAGCGUGAAGACUUGAACCACACUGGCAGUCACAAGAUCAACAAUGCCAUUGGCCAGCUUCUCCUCGCCAAGCGCCUGGGAAAGACCAAAAUCAUCGCCGAGACUGGUGCUGGCCAGCACGGUGUUGCCACUGCCACUAUCUGCGCCAAGUUUGGCAUGGAGUGCACAGUGUAUAUGGGUGCUGAGGAUGUCCGCCGCCAAGCUCUCAACGUUUUCCGUAUGAGACUUCUGGGUGCCAAGGUUGUCCCUGUCACAGCUGGCAGCCAGACUCUCCGUGAUGCCGUCAACGAGGCGCUCCGCGCCUGGGUUGUCGAACUCGACACUACUCACUACAUCAUUGGCUCCGCCAUUGGUCCCCACCCCUUCCCGACCAUUGUGCGCACCCUACAGUCUGUGAUCGGCGAGGAAACCAAGCAGCAGAUGAUGGAGAAGCGCGGUAAGCUUCCUGACGCUGUUGUUGCCUGUGUCGGUGGCGGCUCCAAUGCCGCGGGCAUGUUCUACCCCUUCUCCAAUGACCCCAGCGUCAGGAUUCUCGGCGUCGAGGCCGGUGGCGAGGGCAUUGGCACGGGCAGACACGGCGCUCCUCUUAGCGCCGGCAGCAAAGGCGUUUUGCACGGUGUUCGCACCUAUGUAGUGCAAGACGAGCAUGGUCAAAUCUCCGAGACGCACUCCAUCUCCGCCGGUCUCGACUACCCCGGCGUCGGUCCCGAGCUGAGCUCCUGGAAGGACAGCGGCCGUGCCGAGUUCAUCGCUGCCGAUGAUGCCCAGGCCCUGAUUGGCUUUCGCCUGUGCAGUCAGCUGGAGGGCAUCAUCCCGGCCCUGGAGUCUGCGCACGGCAUCUACGGCGGUAUCGAGCUGGCUAAGACGAUGAAGAAGGGCGAGGACAUUGUCAUUUGCCUGAGCGGUCGUGGUGACAAGGAUGUUCAAAGUGUUGCAGAGGAGCUGCCCAAGCUUGGUCCAAAAAUUGGCUGGGACCUUCGUUUCGAGUAG